AUGGCUCUCGGGGAAGAGGUCGGCUUCCCCGAGUGCCGUGGGAUUAACACUCGGAGAAGGGCCCAACCAGCCCAUCCCGGCCCCACCCCGAACCCUAUUUCCCCGCGGCGCCCCACCCUGCCCCGCCCCAGCUGCGUCGCCGCCGCCGCCAAGCACCGCCCGCUCGCGCGCCUCCCUGCUGCAAGCGGCCGUCUCCCUCCGUCUCCAACGCCCUCCCUCGACCUUGGCGGCAAGCGGCCGGACCUCACUGCUGCCGUCUCCCUCCGUCUCCAACGCCCUCCCGCGACCCGCGCCGCCGUCUUCUCCGUCCACAGCGGAUUCCUUCCCUGCCCCUUCACCCGAUUCCACUGCCUCCUCCCUGCAGCACAAGAUCCGCCUGGAUCCCCACCGACGUCGCCCGCUGCCGCCUCCCUCCGCCCACUGCUCGACCGGCGCCGCUCCGUCCGGCCACGGCUCGCCCGGCACCGUCCGCUGCCACCUCCGUCCGGCCACAUCUCGCCCGGCACAUUUCGGCUGCCUUCUCUCACUCAGCAUAGGAUAUAUUCUACUUUUCAGUUAUACAUACAGGAAGGGUCAUCAGUUGCCAAAAAGAAAGAGAGGAAAAUGUUAUCCCAUGCCAAGGUUGUUGGUACAACAUGUGAUGUUUGUAAACCUGAAGAUGUGAAGACAUUAGUGAAGUUUUCUAUUAAUGAGCCUGGCUCAGUUGACAUUUGGACCGUCACUGGGAUCGCAAGCUGGGGCGUCCCAACCCUCGCUGGCAUCACACACUGGACCAUCGCCGUGAGCCGCCUUCUAAGUCGUUUUUAUGUAUUGAACUUGUGAACUUGGAAUAAUGUGUACUUUUGAAUGUGUGAUUUGUAAUAUAUUGUGGAUUUCAUACAAAUUUGGUCGUUUGUGAUAUAUAAAUGUGGUUUGUGAUAUA